ACAUUGUUACUUUUAAUAUUUUGUCACUAUUUGACUUGUAUCUGCGACAAAAGAACAGGUCAAAAAAUUUGUCAUCUGUAGCUCACACAUUCUAUAUCGGCAUGUCGUUAGGAAACGCGGGUCGUAUUGCUGCUUGUUGGGCUGUUUUAACCGUUGGUGGUGUGUACGCUUUCGUCCUAUCAAAGCGAUCUGUGGAAAAUCGGCGUAUUGAAAGCCUUCAAGUUCGGAAUCGCAUGAAAAAAGCAAAUCAAGGCGAAUACGAGGCUGUUACUGACAGACGUUUUGGUUAAAGCGAACCAAUAAGCAACAUUUUUUAUUUUAU